GUAAUCAGCCAUUGGGAUUCUCUAGCCUUCAAACUUUGCUUUUCAGCUUCAUGCUUUUUGAAUAUCAGGCAAACCAUAAUUUAGGAGUAAAUGCUGGAGACCCUCCAUUGCUGUGUACGGCCUCCUAUCCUAAAGGCAUGAAGAUCGAAGUCUCUGUUCAGGCUGAAGAUGAAGACGAUCAGCAAAAAGAGCCCCUUAGCUCUAAGAAGUCCAUCGUAGCUUCCAAAGAAGACCCUAGCAACUCAAAUAGCAACGAAGAUAAUGAAGUCAUCAAAGAAAGAGGCAGUGAAGAUGCCAAAAAUGAAGAGUCCAAAUAUAAAGAAGUCAAAGAACCUGCAGUCAAGAGAGGCAGAGGGAGACCCAGAGAGUUCCCUCAGACAGAGUUCUACACAAAGAACAUGAGACUUGACGUGCUCAACAAAGCUUUGGUCAGAGCAGCCAAACGAGAAUUCACCGAGUUGUUCAGACUAUUCUGCAUCAACUCAGGCCUCUUCCAGCCUGAAGACUCCGAUGGUGGCCUCGAUGCUGUGAUUGCUUCAGAUCCUUCUGAAGUCCUCAAGAUGAACUUCGAUAUGCCUGAUGAGCAGUUUGAUGAAGCCAUGCAAAGAUUCGUUCCUUACGCUUUGCAAGUGGAGUCUCCUGAGGAUGUGAGCGAUGUGCACGGAGAACUCGACAACCUCAAACAGUUCCUAACUGUGCUCGUUGACCCUGACAAAGGCUCUUCUGUGUUGUUCCCUGGGACUGACAAACUCCUGAAAGACGAACUACGCAGUCUCUGUUUCUCAUACUCACACUCGAAGCUGGACGCCUUCAUGGUUCUUCCGGAGAUGAGGUUUGUCUUAGCCAAAGUCUUGAGUCCAGAGUACAUUGACUCAUUCAUUGCUAAGAACCCCACUUUGAGCGAGAACGAAGGUCUCUAUAAGCAGUGUGCAGAGCUCAUGCUUCAGAAGAUGAGCAAGCAUAACAAGGCCAACAAAGAUGAAGAGCCUAGCGACUAA